CUUAUUUAACGUCUAGAAAAUACACAUUUUCGACAACCGGAAAAUACGUAUUUUCACCUUUCACUCGGCACCUAGAAUGCACCUGACUUCAACGUCUGGAAAAUACGUCAUUUUGCUUACUGGGGGUCUUGUCCCGCGCACUCACACCCUGUAGAAGAGGCUACUCGUCUCACUCGCAGAACCGGAGGAGCUGGUGGCUAUAUUAUUCUACAGUAGCUGUCUCCGGAGAGCGAAUGAAGGAAGAGGAUUGGAACAAACAGGCAGCAGACAUAGUAGCUAAAACUGCUGUGGACUCUAACUCACCAAAAGAGGAACCAGACGGCAGGCAGGCACGGACGCACAAGUCUAUCCUAACCGGACGAACCGACUAGUAAAUGGACAUAAUGUUUAAUCUAUCCACCGGCAGCAGAACGUUCAUAUACAGCAUCACCUUUCUGUCCGCGGUCGUGAUUUCCUCCUGCCACGCGCUCCGCCGCUGUGGGGACGUCCAGUGCGUUGAGGGCCAGCAGUGCUGCCCCCCUACCAUUACCGGCAACGGUAGCGCGAGUUCCACGGUGCGCUGCUGCAAGCUCCCGCUGCAUAUAUUCUUCGACAACGUGGGCUGGGUGACGCGCAAACUAUCGGGCAUCCUGAUCCUGCUGCUCCUCUUCGCAAUGGGCUACUUCAUCCAGCGCAUCAUCUGCCCACGGCCGCGCCGACACCCCGAGCACCCCGAGGAGCCCUCUCUCUUCCACGGACACGCCACCGCGUCCCAGGACUCCCUACUGGACCGGUACCCCGAAUACAGUUUUGGGGACUUCACCUCGCCAGUGCUGCUACCCGCAUAUGACGAGGUGAAGUACCUGCCGACCUACGAAGAGACCAUGCAGGAGGUGCACAGAGACCAGUCGGAUGAUAACUUACUGGUCCGGUCGGAGGAACCUGCUGCGGACCGAGGGACGAGGGGAGGACCGAUACCCAGAGAAGAGGGACAGGAUACUUCAGGACACAACACACGCGCGUCACGGAAUUCUGUCUGACUAAAUGUGAUGGACUAUCCAAUUUAAGAAUUGUUAUUUUAUUAUGAACUAAAGGAGAGACUUACAGGCUUUAUAUAUAAUAACUUAAGUGCAAUUACAAUCUGUUGCAAUGAAUGUUGAAAAUAAUAUGAACUGGCAAUUUGGUCAAUGACGUGAGUUUUAUAUGAUUGGGCGGAUGAUUCCCCUUUUGUAAGCAAAUUAAGACUUGGUAUGAGAAAAGGAGACAAUAAAAGAGAUAUGGUUGCUAUAAUUGGCCCUCUUUUGUGUAUUGACAGGCAGCUAAUUUGGCGCCGGUACAAUCACAUUAAGUUUUGCUUAACGGUUCAAUUUACAAAGGCACCGUGAGACAGUUGGCUUUCUCCAUAUUUUUAUUUUAUGAGAUGAGAUGAACAGGCUGAGAAUGAGUUUUUGAGUCUGCUGGGCCUGAAAUACGUCUAUUCAUUCUUAUAUCUAUAUCCUAGAAAUCAUGUCAUAUAAUAGUAUUUGUCGUUUUUCACACAUGUACAACUGUGUAUUAAUAUGCAUGCGAGAAUUGGAAAUGUUUUUGUUUUUUUCUUCAUAUCACAACUCUCCCAGUCACAGGCUGGGUCUAUGAGAAUCACCUAGUGCUGUGCAGUUUUCAGUAGCCUAGUGGGGAUUCAAAAUGAAUAGAAUAGUCACACCAUGAAAUGAAUACAAAUACUCUCUCCAACACAUCUA